AUGACAAAAUUAAAAGUACUAUUUAUGCCAGUUGACGGUACGGGACAUGUAAAUGCGGCCAUAGCUAUGGCACAGGUGCUGAUCAAAGCAGGACACGAGUGUACAUUUGGCAUAUGUGAUCAAUGGAGGGGUAAACUGGAGCCGUACGGUAUCCGAGAGAUAUUGUGGUCAAUGAAAGAUCGUGAAAAUGCUGACGAAUCGGCCGCCAAAUACUGGGGACUGUUUCUGAAAGAAAAAGGUAUACUUGGACCGGAAGGUCCACUGGAAAAGUCGUUAAUUAUGUUAAAAGAUCAGAAAGCAGUGAUCGAAAUGCAACAGGAAAUCAACAAAAAUGCUGAACAAACUAUACGUGAGGUUCGACCCGAUAUCAUACUAGUCGAUCAAAUGGUUUCGCUAUUAUCUGUUAUGAAAUCAGGAAUCCCGUGGGUAUUAGUAUGUAGUUGUAAUCCAUUAGCGUUUAUACGGGACGACAGAACACCGCCAGCUUUUUCUGGUUUACCCAUAACUGGAUCCAUCAGUGAGUGGCAGACAUUUAAAAAUGUAUAUAAAGAAGGAAUGCAAGAGUCGUGGAAAAUAUUGAAUGACAUUGAAGUGGCCAAUGGUUUGCCGGCUUUAAAGGAAAUGUCAUAUAUUAAUGAUUCAAAAUAUCUUAAUAUAUAUGAUUAUCCGUUGGAAUUGGAUUAUCUGGACAUAAGACCACUGCCCGACAAUUGGUAUCGUUUUGAUAAUUUUAUGAGAAGUGAACAACAUUUGCCGUUUGAAAUACCGCAACAAUUGUGGUACAAACCGGGAAAACUGAUAUAUUUUUCAUUGGGCUCUAUGGGCGGCACAGAUGUUGAUAAUAUGAAACGCUUAGUCGGUAUACUUGCAAAAUCUAAGCACAGAUUUAUUGUAUCGAAAGGACCGUUAGGUGAUGAGUACGAUCUACCAGACAAUAUGUGGGGUCAGCCAAGUGUACCGCAAACACAAGUCCUGCCAUUAGUUGAUUUGGUUAUAACUCACGGCGGAAACAAUACUAUUACCGAAACGUUUUCAUUUGGCAAACCUAUGAUAGUUAUGCCUCUGUUUGCCGAUCAGUUCGAUAACGCACAGAGAGUCCAUGAAAAAGGAUAUGGUAUACGACUCGAUGCCUACAAGUGCUCUGAAGAGCAACUAUUGACAACUAUUGAAAGUCUAGUUAAUGACAAUAUAUUAUCUGAAAAAUUGAAAAAAAUAUCACAAAGAAUUCCCAUCAGACGUUGA